CGUUGGCGAUAACUCGCUUGAGACGGUUGUUAAAGCGCUCGAAAAGUUAAGUAAUAAUAAAUUUAAAUAAAUCAAUAAAUUUUGAAUUGAGUUGAAAAAAAAACCUUCAUAAAAUAAAUUUAUAAAACGUCAGAGGCGCGCGCGCUCACGUUGGUUUAAUAUAAAACAAAUAAAAAAAGAAAAAAAUUAAAUGAAUAAAUAAAUAAAACCAGAAGUGUUUUCAAGCAAAUUCAAAAGCAAUUAAAUAAUAAAUAAAGUUAGUGAUUUUCUGUUUUUUUUGUUUAUUUAGUUGGCGCUCUCUUAUGUUUAAAUAAUUUAUUUAUAAAAAUAAUUAAGAGAAAAUUUAUGCAAUAUUCUAAAACAAAAUAACAAAUAAAGUAGUGAAAAAAUAUAAUUACAAAAUCCAAAAAAGAAAAGAAAAGUUUGUUUCUUAAAUCUUUUGUUUUUGUCAACAGCAACCUGUUUUCUGUUUGAAAAUGGAAAGUGUAGCUUAAGUGUUUUAAAAUAGUUUCAAUUUAAAAAUGGCCUUAACAAACUUUUCUUUACCCUUUGGGGCUUUGGCCCAGUCGGGUGCUCCCUGGAGUGCCACAGUAUCCCCUUUACAUCCCAUACACCAACAAUUGGCUGCCAAUACAAAUAAUUUACUUUACUCACCGGCCGAUCAUCAACAGCAGCCCACUGAUAAUGGUGCACCACCACCGGGUUCGGAUUUUUACAAAAAUAAUCCCUAUGCUCCUCCUCAGCAACCGCCACCGCAGCAGACUUCCUAUCAAUACAACAGUAAUAAUAACAACAAUAAUGGUAGGCGUAAAAAUACUUAUUUGCCCCCCAUACCACCGCCAGGAGCCAGAAAUACACAACAGCAACAAUUUCAUAAUCAACAACAGUUUCAACAUCAUCAGCAAUUUAGUCAUAUUAAUACUCAACAUCAUCAACAGCAGCAGCAACAACAUAUAACACAAAAUAUUAACAAUAACAACAAUAAUGUUUUUAAAACUGCUAUAUCAUCUGGCUCAGCAACGGCCACAUCAAUUGCUACCGCCACAGCCACCGCUACAGCAAAUACAAAUACACGCACCUAUGGUGAGGGUACUUACACUAGAUUUCCAACAGUUCCAACUCAAAAUCAUAACAAUAUUAAUAAAGAUCAUCAGCAACAACAACCACAAUUUUAUAAUAAUUUCCCAUCUACUCCCCAACAACAACAACCAGCGAAACGUAUAAAUACAGCUGCUGCUGUCCCAUCAGUCCCAAACCCUUCUACAACACAAACUUUUCCUAAAUAUGGUGUACCCCCUAAUCAAGCGGAGACACCAGCUACCACAUAUGGUGCCACUGCAUCUGGUAAUAAGGCUGAUAACUCAGGUUUACCUACACCCAACGAUUCUAGUUCAAAUGAUCCCUAUCCCGAUAGACCGCCUGGUUUUACUAGAGUACAGGCGGGCCAAGGUUCUAAGACACGGGUACAUGCUGUUUUAGAUUAUGAUUUGGAGGAGGGUGAAGAAGAGGACUAUUAUGAUGCAGAAGAUCAUGGGGAAACUGUUAAUAAAGAUGGUUCUCCUAAAACUCCCAUGACUGUUACCCCCAUACAAGGACCUAUUUACCUCAAAAAUGGUACAGUACCUGUGGUGCCAUUGUUCCACUAUCCCAGCUUUAAUAAUGGUUCAUUUGUUCAAAUACCUAUUUGGUGGACAGCCUUAUCAGUGGCUUUGGGUUUGGAUGUACGUGGAGACUUGAUAAAGGGUGUGCCCUGCAUAAAACGUUAUCAUCAAUUGUUUUGCCCUACAGCCGGCAAUAGUUAUCCCAUAGAUAAAAUUGAACGAUUUAUAGACGAUAACAAGGCCUUAAUGCGGCGCAUGUAUGGUGACUUCGAAAUGAAUAUGAGCGAUGGUGGGCCGCGACAACAAACGAAAAAACGCAAAAGACGGUUUAUAGAUGAACCCGAUAUUUUCCUACCACCGGGUGUAUUUCCCACAUUUGUACCCGACGACAAGGUGGAGGAACAUGCCGAGGAACAGGGAGAAAGUUAUUUCGGUAAAUUACGCAAUAAACGUCAGACCAAUCAGGGUAAUCGUAAUGCUAAACAGGCCACAAAUGCUCCCGGUAAUGGUUCAACGUCAACAGGAAGAUUAGAUGCUUGUGAAUCAAAAAUCGAAAUAGUUACACCCUAUUGGGCUUCGAAUUCAGCUGGUAAAAUAAGAGCCAUUGUAAAUACCCAGCAUUUUGAACAGGCCAUACAUCAGGAAAUAUGCUCAAAAGCUCAUACAUCACGCUGUCAAGGUGAAUGCGGCUGUGAGCAGAAAUACAAAUGGCAUCGUUUAUUGGCCUAUGAUCCAGACAAUGAUUGCAAGGGUAUUUUUAUGGAUUGGUUUUUGUUUCCCUCAUGCUGUGUCUGCAGAUGCAAUCCCUAAGCAAAAGCCACAACAGCAACUACUACAACAUCUUAGUGACAUUUUAAUAGACUUUAGUUAGUUAGAAGUUAAGAUAUGCAUUAUGUUUAAAUGAAAAGAGUUUUUUUUAAUUUUUAAAAUGUUUCCUUAAAAGUUUAAAUUCUUAUAGCAUUAUAAGAAAAUUAACAGAAAAUAUUUAACUAUUUCUUAAUAAAGU